AUGGGGUUGGUGGUCUGGACCGAUGGCCUGGGCGCCCUGGGGCCUCACAUCACACCUGCCACCAGCUUCCACCCCCCAGAGCACUUGUACUGCCACCCACGGAUUUCAGACAGCUCCCUCCGGCAAGCACCUGCAAAGCUGCUGCUGGUGGAGGGGCUUGCCCCGGCCCUGCAGCCCCUCCAGCUGUGCUGGCAUCACUGCUAUGAGCGACUGAAGUCGGGGACCAUGGCCUGGCUGGGCCAGCUGGGCCCUGGAGACAGCUGCAUGGAGUCAGGGCAGUGGCCAAUGCUGCAGGGCUGGGCACUGACCACAGCCCUGCUCAUCAGGCCUAAGUGGCUGAAAACUUGGGCCAGUGUCUCCAACGACUGUGCCCAGGCUUCGGGGGCUCGGCGGUGCCAGGGGCAGAUCUGCGCCGGGCGCGGGGACGGCGAGCGCGUUCAGCACCCUGGACAGCGCCGCGGGCGGUGGCCUCUGCGGCGGUGUCCGCGCUCCGCCCUCCCGCGAGGCGCCCCGCUCCGCAGCGCAGCGCCUUGCGCAGUGCACUGGAACCCUGCGCUCGCCGCCGCUCUGAGUGCCGCUCCGGACCUGCCCGCCGACUCCGGAUCUUCGGACUCUGCGGGCGCGCCCGCUGCCCCGCCGCGCGUUCUCCCGCUCGCACCCGGUCUGUCCCACGCCGCAGCUGGGUGCCUGGCGAAUCGCUAUAGCGCCACGGGCCGGGGAGAGGCGGUGCUGCUGGCGCUGGUGUUGGCCGUGUCGCCUGUGUCCAGCGCGCCGCUGCUGCUCUGA